AUGCUGAGUCGAGGCGAGCUGCCGGGGAAGCAGGUGGAGGCGGCGGAUGUUUACGCGAUGCGCUUCACUUAGGGAGGAUCAGAAGGAGCUGCUGGAGAGGACACAUCUGCCGUAGAUGAGAGACGCAGUAAGACAAAUAAAUAUAUAUAUUUAAAAAAAAAAAUCACGUUCGGAAACCGCUCUGUGUCCGGGAGUCGUCGAUCGGAGCUGCGCCGCUGAACGAGGCUCCAUCUGUCGCCAUCGUGUCGCUGGAGGCUGCGGCGAGGUGAUGCUCCAUCUUUGGCUCGGCGGCCGGAGCCGUUGUUCCUGAAAGCCUGCUAUUAUGCGGGGAGCAAGGGAGGCUGCGAGGAUUCAAGGGGAAAGAAGCUCUGGUUCAGCAAACGCCUGGCUCUCUGGCAGUGUGAGCCAACUAUGGUCGACCCCUCAGAUGUUGAGGAGCAGAAUAAGUGCAAAGGCCCACAACUUGACGCACCAACUGUGGCCGCUGAAGACUCUCGACUAUCAGAACCGUCCGAUGACGCGACGACUGAGGAGGAAGGUGAUGCCGGUUUCGAGACACCACCCACUGGCAGCUCGGAGCCCAGCCCCUGCCACACUGCGUCUCCGGUGGGGCCGCAGGUCAGCGCACAGGGGGCAGCACCUCAGCAACCACAGACUCAGACUGACGCAGAUUUGCCACCGAAGCUUCACUUGGACCUGUACAACUUUGAUUCGCCCGAGGCGGAGGGCAGUCGUUAUGUGUUGACGAGCCCCCGCUCUCUGGAGGCAUGCGCUCGGUGUGGAGUCAAACCCGUGGAGCUGCUGUCUCGCCCGCUGGCCGACUUUGUCCGGGAGGCUCCGGGCCGAUCCAUGCGUGUCGCCACAGGUCUCUUCGAAGUCUAUGAGAAGGACAGACAUGGCAAACUCAGGCAGUGCAGGGAAGAGAGGGAGAGGAUCAUUAGAGAAGAGAAAAGACGGAUUCUGCAGGCAGCUGUCAACAGCAGCACGUCUUCAUCCUCUGUGGAUAAAGUCACAUCUGGGAUCGGUGUGCCUCCUAAAUCUGACACAGUUUCCUCCAGCUCAGUUCCCAAUGUGGGAGUUCCCUCUAAACCUGCAGCAUCGGGUGCAACCAUCCUAUCGAAAGCCUCCACCUCUAGUCUUAGUACCUCCCCAAAAUCCAUGCAACCUAGAACUACCCCACCUGCAAAGUCCCACCCCAAAACAUCCCUUCCACCUUCUAAGGGUCUAUUUCAAGGACCAGUCAAAGCUUCGGUGUCCUCAUCAUCUGAACAUAUGAAAACCACACUUCCAGCUUCAUCCGGUGGCCCACCAGUGCUCAAGAAAUCUGCCGGUGGUAAAUCUUCCAACACUUUUCCUAGAUCAACACCGAAACCUCCCUCCUUCCCCAGAGCCAACUCGACGUUAACAUCGUCAGUGUCGAAGCCUGCCGUUCAGAAGUCCGACCCGCCUCUGAAUGGAGUAACAAGAGGGCUGUUCUCUCAGCACAACGGACAUCUUGGAUUCCAGUCCAAGGCCCAGGGGAAAAGCCAUUCCCUGGAGUCUUUACAGAGGAGGAUGGAUCCCGUCUGCUGCUCCACCUCCACAACCACCACGACUACAUGCACCUCAUCAGAGUCCGGGGCGUCAUCUGCUUACAGCUGGGAUGGUGCACGAGAUCACUGGGCCAAAAUGUCAAGUCCUCGAGCUCGCACAAUGGCCACCUUCAACUCCCUGAUGGGCCGCAGCCUCAGCCUCGGAGACCUCAGUCACUCCCCUCAGACCACGCAGAAGGUGGAGCGCAUUGUGAAGGAGGUGAAGCGCCGAGGACUCAAGGCCGUGUCCGAGCGCGACCGCAAGAUCGCAGCGUUGAUGCUCGCCAGAUAUCAGGAGGAAGACAUCAUGAGCCAGACCCGCUAUGUCGCUCACCUUCAGUGGGACAGCGAGCGCCGGAUGGAGGAGCUGCGGCGGGAGCAAGAGGACCGGGAGAAGCAGCGGGCGGUGCUCCAGUGCCAGCGAGUGUGGCAGACCCAGGUUUCGAUACGCCAGCAGAAGAUCUGCCAGCAGGAGCGCGACUCGGCCGCCGCCAAACUACGGCAGGCUGAGGAGCACGAAGAGCGCUGGAAGGAGCUGGCAGAGCAGCAGGAGCGCAGCCGUCUGCUGAGGCUGCAGCAGGCGGCGAGAGAAGAGAAACACAAGAAAGCUCUUCAGGAACAGAACCUGAAGGCCCUGGAAGAGGAGAGGGCUGCAGUGCUGGAGCAAGAGAGACUGCUCCUGGAGGAGAAGCUUACUAUAGCUGAGCUGAAGAGGCAGGAGCGGGAGCACCAGGCCCACGAGGAGAGAAGAGGUUUGAACAAAGCAGAGAGGAGGCGUCACGCCGCCCUCAUUCAAGAAAUCGCCCGCAGAGAGCAGGAAGAGAGGGAUGAAGCCAAGAGGGCGGCAGAGGAGAAGCUCAACCGCUCCCUCGAGAACUACGAGCAGAUAGUCGAACGCCGGGGGCAGGAACUGAAGGAGAAGGCCAAGCGUGAGGAGAAACAGAUCCAGAAGGCUCGCAAGGCAGCGGAGAAACGCGAGAAGCAGCAGCAGCAGGUCCUGGAGGCCCGCGUGAAGGAGGCCGCCAAGAGAGCGCAGCAGGCCGCCGUGGUGGCCGAGGAGAAGGCCAAGGAGAAAGCCAAGCGGGCCGUCCAGAGUCGGCAGGAGAAGGAGAGACUCCAGAAGCUCAACAGGCAACGGGUGGAGGAGGAGGAGAGGCAGCGGCGCCUGGAGCUCCUACAGUCCAUCGAGAGGAAGCUGGAGAAAAGCGAGCAGAUCUUCAGGGAGAAGAAGGCGGUGCUGGAGAGCGCCCGCUCCGUGGCCCGGGCGUCCUUCCACGUGCGGGACAAAGUGCGGGAGGAGACCAACAUGCGCACUUUUGACAAGAUGGCCCUGGAAGCGCAGCUCAAAGCAAAUCUCGAUGAAAAGUAAACCGCCGGCCACGUCAUCGGCUCUUGACCUUUGCCACUCCACAUGUCGCCCCUCUUCCAAUCAACACAAGGGACAUUUUUACACUACAUAUCAUCACCCAUCAGCAGUUUUAUUAUACUUUUGACCACCUUUCCCGUGAAAGUGAACAAAUCCAGAUUUGUGUUAUUGCCGUAUUAGGGAACUAAACCAUAUCAGUAGUUAUUUCUCAACAGUGAAGCCCUUUAGUCAGACGGAGCCAGCUUAAUGUUUAGAGUGGACACAACAAUUUUCUUCUUUUUGUGGCAACACAAACCGCUCGUUCUCUCUCUCUCUCUUUCUCUUUCUCUCUUCGUCUAUUUGCCCUCAGCUGCGUCUUAUUUCAGCCACUGGACUGGAAGCUGUGCUGGAGUGAAAGAGUCAUUGUUUAUCUGGAAGCACAACUUCACGACAGCUGCGGGGCCUUUCAAGGGAACACUCCUGUUAGUGGGAAAGCCAGCCCGAGGAAAAGGCUAAACACAAAUGGUUGGCAGCCCGCGCGAGUAAACGGCAGGCCCCAACCGCCCCCUUACAAACGUGGAGAGUUUGGAAGUCCAGCCCAAAAGCGGAAGCCUGUCGGUCCUUUCGGUGCUGACGGAAGGUGCAGAGGACAGUAGAUAUCGCACCGCGAGAAUUCCUCCUUCAAAUCCCCUUUAGAAACUCUUUGUUUUAUUUCCCGUUCGUGUUGAAAGUGCAGUCGCCACAAAAGCUCCCAGAGAGGAAACCUUCACUCGACCUCCCCGUACCAUCCCGCUUCCAACGCAGCAUCAUGGUGACCGUCUCCCAGCCGACAGCUGAAACGACACGCGUGAGAACGCAAAUCCGGCUGGAGUUGCGGGAAGCGGCUGAGCGAUGAGGAUGGUCCACCGGGAGCUCGCUCUGGACGUUUCUUUUUUCCCCAGGCCGUUAAACAGAGUCUUCCAGCUGUUACAGUGCCUCGCAAAAACAUCGAAUCAAAUCAAACUUUAUUUACGUGAGAAAGUGUUUCACCGAGGUUCAAAACGGCCCUGGAUUUUUGUUUCCUCUUUUUGUCACAGGACAACCACAACUGGAGUAUGAUGUGACAAACUAAAACAAAGGAAAUCAAAGCGGUGAAGCUGAACGAAGGUCUGAGACGUUUGGGUUGCAGUGAGAAAGGAUCUCCAGGUUCACAAUGUGCAGAACUUUGGCUGUGCCUUUAACAGUCUUUACAAAAAUAACUUGAGGUCAAGUAGAUUUAGGACCCAGAGAUGAGUGAGAGGAGAUGACUGAACCAAGCCUGAGCUUUCUGCACAAGCACUUCUCCUCUGUGACAUGUACCUAUAGGAAAGCUGUUUAUACUCAACUUUUUUCAUCCGCAAUUAUCAUCAUUAUGAGGCUGCUGAGACAAGCAGCUGCCUUUCUGCAUCAACGAAUCAAAUGUGCACGGUUCAAAAACAGCUUUAUUCAUACCAAGGCGUGCUGAUUAAUCUGUUCGGUUCUUUGCCUUCUGACCUUCUUACCUUAAAUGUUGGCUUCUCCCCCCAGGUUUUCUGGUUAUUUAAUGUUUUCUUCGUCUUCUUUUUCUCUCUUUAAACUACAGUUGUAUCAGAAAAGGUUUGAGAUGUAGCAAUAACGGCGGACGCGUCCGUGAGACGGCGGUUCUCGUACAUGCAAAGAAAACCGGACAAAUAAAAAGAUCUUCAAGAUGGAAUUGAG